CAGCACUGACUGUCAAAUUCCUCACAAAGCGCUUCAUCAGUGAAUAUGACCCCCAUCUAGAGGACAUCUAUUCAUCAGAAGAGAUUGUGGACCAGCAGCCAGUCACAGUGAGAGUGAUGGACACCUGUGACCAGCCAUCAGACUAGACAAUCACCUGCGCGAACGAUGUUGGGAGAGGGCUAGUUACUCCUGUUCUGUCGCAAGUGCUCACUCCUCCACUCCACUUUCCGUGAUAACAGACUGGUGUCUGCCAGCCAAUCACCCCAUUCCGCCCUCCACAUUGCCACCGGAGGAACCACUGCAGCUCGGCUGAUUUCAUCUCUCCCUGGCGGAACGCACCCAUAGGAGGAACACGGGAGGUUGCAUGUACUGCGGUCAGCUUGGUCAUCUCCGGGAAUCCUGCCCCGUUCAGCCAAAAGAUCAGACUCACCACUAGAUGUUGGGGUAGUGGUGAGUCACACAUCUAUUUCAGCCCCAUCCUUUUCACACAUGCAAUUACCUGCUACCAUCUGUCACCAGAACCAGUCAGUUUCACUACCAGCUCUCAUUGACUCAGGUGCUGAUGACAGUUUCCUGGACCAAGAGAUGGGGAUACAGCAUUAAAUCCCGUUGGAACCCCUGGAGAAGCCCUUCAUCACUAAUGCCCUGGAUGGUAGGCUCUUGGCCCGAGUGACUCACCGUACGAUAACGGUCACUCUGGUUCUGUCUAGUAAUCAUUGUAAAACCAUCCGGUUUAACAUUUUUCAAUCCCCUAAUUCCCCACUGGUUCUAAGCCACGCAUGGCUAAGUCUUCACAACCCACACAUUGACUGGUCGGCUGGCAAAAUCAUCAGCUGGAGUCCCUUCUGCCUUUCAACCUGCCUGCAAUCCGCGAUUCCACCAGCAGAUGGUGUCAACACACCUGCCUGACCUGACUUCCAUUCCUGCAGUUUACCACAACCUGGAUGAGGUUUUCAGAAAGGAUUUGGCCCUAUCUUUUUUUUAAAUAGGCUAAAAUUGGCUCCGUACAUCUGGACCCUGGAAGCAGACCUUGCAUUUGCCAGGCUCUUUUCCUCAGCACCCAUCCUCACUCAACCCGACUCCUCCCGGCAGUUCAUUGUAGAGGUGGAUGCAUUGGACACUGGAGUGGGGCGGUACUCUCUCAGCGUUCUAACACAGACCAAAAACUCCAUCCCUGUGCAUUUUUCUCCCAUCGACUUACUCCAGCUGAACGCAAUUAUGACGUGGGUAACAGAGCUCCUCACAGUCAAGCUGGCACUAGAGGAAUGGAGACUUGUAGUGUGGACCCACCAAAAGAACCUUGCCUACAUUCAAUCUGCCAAGAGGCUCAACCAGCGACUGGUCCGGUGGGCCCUGUUCUUCGGCCGCUUCAACUUUUCCCUCACCUACCAGCCAGGGUCCAGAAACAUCAAACCGGACGCCCUCUCUCAUCUAUACAUGGCUGACAACUCCUCCCCUGAUCCGGACACCAUCCUCCCAUAUUUGUGCAUCAUUGCUGCCGUCAACUGGGAAAUUGAGGCCAUGGUGAGGGAGGCUCAGUGAUCACAGCCUGAUCUGGGUAAUGGACCAGCCGACCUGCCCAUGGUCCCACAUAGCCCUGGACUUUGUGACUGGGGUAAGCCAGUCACAAAGUCCAGGGCUAAGUCAUUCUCACCGUGGUUGACCGUGUUUCUAAGGCUGUUCACUUUGUAGCUCUUCCCAAACUCCCCACAGCCCGUGAGACAGCCGACGUCAUGGUCGACCAGGUUUUCCGCCUGCAUGGGAUAUCCCUCGACAUCGUUUCUGACUGAGGUCUCCAGUUCGUCUCUCAAGUCUGGAAGGCUUUCUGGCAAGCUCUGGGCACCACAUAGAGUGAGAUCGGUUCCCUCAGUGCAACAUCAACUGCGCAGCUGCCGCAAGAUCUGGAGGGAGACCCCUGCUGCCCUACUCCGUUCCACUGCCAACAACCAGCGCAUUGCGGACCGCCACUGGACACCAGCUCCUGAAUGCUCACCAGGUUUGUUCCUCUCACCUGCCUCCAAGUUACUCACUGGCUUUCCAGGAAAACCUCACCUCGGAUCUUCACUGCUCCACCUCAUCCCGCUGUCCUUGCAUCGCCUGCCUGCUCUCCCCAGCCUCUUCCCAGCCCGCUGUCUUCACCCAGUCCACCGGCUCACAGCGAUUACCUCCACACUCCUGGAGGGUCCAGGGAACAGUGAGCGCUAUCUGUCGUGGGCCAGCGCCUUCCUUGUGGUCUACAGCAUCGACAACAUGGAGAGCUUUAAAGGCUGCCAGCUGUAUCUGCAGACGCUCGCCCUGCACAACAAAACCUUCAGGCCACAAACUCCCAUCAUCCUGCUGGGGACCAAGCUGGACAUGGACAGAUACAGGCUGGUUACUGUGCAGGUGAGUCAGUGUGAUGCUGAGGCCCUGGCGUCUCGUUUUGGCUGUUUGUUCUUUGAGGUGUCGGCCUGUCUGGACUUCCUCUCUGUGCAGCACGUCUUCUACGAGGCGGUGAGGAGGGCGAGGCGGGGGGGAGAGCGCGGUCAUCUGGUACCGGCCGUCUACAUCAGCGAGGACAAAGCGCUGCUCAGCGUGCCCUCCUUCACCACCCCCUGCUACAAGGAGCUGCCGGCCCCCGCCACCGCCAAGCUGGUCACCGUGAAGACGUCCAGAGCUCAGAGCAUGCGGAGGGCUGCCACCCUCAACCUGCUCAAAGGCUUCAAGAUCUUCUGACACCCCCUGACCCCCUCCACCAUCUCCACUGACACUGUCAAAGAUUUAUUAGACAUAACUGUACCCUGAGCUAGACAGGGGGUGGACACAAUAACAGUAAACAGACAGGUGGCAAUUCAAAUGAAAACAACCUGAAGAAAUAAGCAGAGAAACAAAAGAUGCUUCUCUGAAUGCUUUGAUAAGAAUACAGCAAUAAAGUGUCAGGUUUUUCCAUUUCACUUUGUUCUUUAAACAAUCUCCUCAGUGUUACUGAACACAGAAACACAGGACUCUCUUCGAUAAUUUAACCAUCCUACAGGUUUAUGUUCAGGACACCAGUUUGAAUUAUUUACUUUGUUUCUCACAAAUCAGGUUUUGUUCGUCAUUUUGGUCAAUACCCAUGAGGCGAAUCAGAAUUGUAGCAAAUUUAAAUUGUCGUAGUUUUUAACACAACAUGUCGCCAUGUCGCUAAAAACUUGGUACUUUCCUGGGCGGAGCCUCACGUCCUCUGGCACACAGAGUAGUGGCACACAGUAGCUUUCUCAUUUCUCAGUUUGUACCUCCUCGAUUCCUCUCCUCACCUCCCCGCCACGUAGUCCCUCCCACCAGAGAUGCGAGCGGAGGAGGCGAGGCAGAGACUUGAGGAGAGAGGAGUGAGGCAACAGGUAUUUAACAAAAUGAGAUGUCCUUGCUUCAGAGCCGUCAUUUUGAAGUGACUCAAUUAAAGCCUACUGCUGUAUUUUAUGAUCUCUGUCAGAUGAGCACAACAGUGUUUAUGAAAACUUUUAAUUCAACUCACAACUUGGAAUAAUGUGACAAGAAUGUACAUAUGUCAUACGUUUUCUUUUAUUUAACACACAUACACAUGCAGUAUAUACUCUUUAUGUAUUUUAUUGUAUGAAGCACUCCAAAUGUUUGUAUGAAAAGUACUAUACAAAUAAAUUGACAUACAGUAUAUUAUAUGUAUGAUUGAGGGAAUUACUAUAUAUAUGUGUGACUGAACUAUACAGGCUACAGUAUAUUAUAGAGGCCUACACACAAACACUGACAAAAUAAAAUUGAUCUCCAGUGCAGCCCACAGCCCCAGCUGCAGCUGUCCUCACAGGGCUACACUUUUGGAAUGAUGUUUGCAGACAACACAACGGGCAACAGAUUAUAUGACAACACGAAAUACAGCAAAUUAGUGCUGAGAAGACAGUGUUCUUGUUGUAUAAUAAAGUGACGCUAGCAGCUGUUUGCAGGUGUAAACAUCAUGGCACGAUUAUAGCAGCUGAACUGGGUGCUGCCGAUAAAAACAUAUCAACUGAAAUGUCGUUCAGGAAUGCAGUUAGAGCAGCGCAGCUUACGAGGCGCUACACACACGGUGAAGGGUGGAAAGUUUGAUCAUCUUAAAUCAUGUCUGUCUCACUCUUCACCUAUCUCACUCCUCACCUGUCUUACUCCUCACCUGUCCGUCUCACUCCUCACCUGUCUUACUCUUCACCUGUUUGUCUCACUCUUCACCUGUCUGUCUCACUCUUCACCUGUCUAUCCCACUCCUCCCCCCGUCUGUCUCAAUCUUCACCUGUCUGUCCCACUCCUCACCUGUCUGUCUCACUCUUCACCUGUCUCACUCUUCACCUGUCUGUCUCACUCCUCACCUGUCUAUCCCACUCCUCACCUGUCUGUCUCACUCUUCACCUGUCUGUCUCAAUCUUCACCUGUCUAUCCCACUCCUCCCCGUCUGUCUCACUCUUCACCUGUCUGUCUCAAUCUUCACCUGUCUGUCUCACUCUUCACCUGUCUGUCCCACUCCUCACCUGUCUGUCUCACUCUUCACCUGUCUGUCCCACUCCUCACCUGUCUGUCUCACUCUUCACCUGUCUGUCUCAGUUUUCACCUGUCUGUCUCAGUUUUCACCUAUCUCACUCCUCCCCUGUCUCACUCCUCAUCUGUCUGUAUCACUCCUCACCUUUCUGUCUCACUCU